GAGAAAGCUCCAAACUUUUAUCACCAUAAUAAUAAUAAUAAUAGCUUCCUCAGAACCCUAUUCAUGGAGAGAGAGACAGAGAGAGAGAGAGAGAGAGAGGAGAGGUCAAAACACAUGUGUCUACAUAAAAGGGGGAGCUUUCUGAGUGUUUAGGUAGAGAAAGAGGGGGGUUAGGGUUAGGGUUUGUGGGGUUUCUUUGAAUUUUUUUGUUAAAUUUUUUUCCUUUGUUGGAUCAAUUGCGGUUUGACCAAGCUCAUCCACUUCAACACCCUCCUCUUCUUCCUUUCCAUAUAUAUAUAUUAAAGAAAAAAAAUAGAGCUCUAGGAAAAAGGAGCUCCUUGGUUUUCUUUGAGGCACUGUUACAAUUCAUUUUGGUGAAAACCCAUUUAGGAGUUGUUCUUAGAUUCAGGAAUUUUAGAUCUUAAAUUUAGAAAAGAAAAAAAAAAAAAGGUUAAACAUGUUGAGACAAAUUUCUAGUAGAAACCACAGAUCCAAGGGAUUCAAAUUGAAAAAUGCCCUUCAAAUUUGCCUCUUAGUAGUUGUCACCAUUUGGUUGUUGUUCCAAGUUAAGCAUUCGUAUGAUAAGAAGUCCGAGUACGAAGACCGAAACGCGCAUUUGUCGAUCAAACACGAGCGCAACGGUGAUCGGCACGAGGCGUUCGAAAUCGGCCGAAAAGGUCUUCCCCAUGAUGUCCGAAUCGAGGACGAGGUGAGCGAAGAUGACCUCGAGCAAGAGUUGCUCAAACACGACGAGAAUGGCGAGAGCGAUGCGAUCGACGAGCAGGAUCAGGGGAAGGACGACGACGGCGGCGACGAGCAGAGCGUGUUCGAGGAUGCGGAGAGCAACAAGGAGGGGGCGAAUGCGGCCCGAGAGGAGAGCUUUCGAGGGGACGACGUCGCGAGCGCGGUGGUGGUCAGCCACACUGGUCGGCCGGAGGAGCGCGGAGACCACUCUCGCGAGGCGAGGGAGAAGAGCUUUAACGGCGAUAACGUUUCUAGUGCCGUAGCUCACGAGGAUCAUUUGGAGAGCGCGGAGAGCAAAGUCGGGGGCGGUGAAAAUUUGACAUUCGUCGAUUCGACUAGCGACGGGGGUUCAAAGGAUCGCGAAGUGACGCCGAAUAAUGAAGUUUCGUCAAAUUCGACGGUUGAUGAACCGAACAACGACACAAAACCGAGGGUUGAUCCGACUACUACGAAUGUCAACGGCAACCGAACGGAAACGCCGUUUAGUUCAUCAAACAAAACAGCUGGUCAAGAAGCAAUAGAGAGUCCGACGAAUGCGACAACCGUGUCGAGCAACCAGAUUGAGCUUUCGACUAACCUGAAUGAGACGACAAACUCGGGUUCGGGUUCGGCUCGCGACGGAAACGGCACGGUGAUUCAAAUCCCUGGAGACGACAAGCUCAAUACCGGCGCUACUACAUCAUCGGCUUCAAGCGAGAAAGGAGAAGGGAAAGUGGAGUUCCAGGAUGCGACGCGGAAUAUGGCCGAGGAAGAAAUGAGAGAAGUUCCGAUCGCGAAAAUUGAAAAACUCGCAAAAAGUGGUGAAGAGGCUGUGUUGGAGUGAAUCUGAGAGAGUGUUUAACUCAAAAACUCUUUAAGGAUCUUGGUUUUUCUAGUCUCUUUCUUUUUUUUUAGUUUUUUUUUUUUUCUUUUUUCUUUUUUGGUCUCAGUUUAAGCAUCACAUACAUACUUUAAUAUGAGAAAGAUGUAACAGAACAACACAUCAUGAGUUUUCAGGAUCUAAAUGGUAGGGAGAUGUGUUGAAUGAGAUACUAAUCUCUGCAGAAGUGUUGUAUAAUGGAAACUUCAAAAACUGCAGCUUUUCAUAUACCAAUUGUAUUUCUUUAGUAUCUUUUACACAGA